CUGUAGUGCGUAUGGAUUUGUUUAUCAGGAAGGAGUUGGUUUUGGCCAAGGAGACUGGCCUGGAGGAUGUGGCGCCGCUGUGCCUCAAGCUGCUCGCCUGGCUGCGCGGCUGCCAGGAGGAGAUGCACAGCGAGCACCGCCACCUGCAGCUCAGCCAGUCCCUGGUGGAAUCCCUGCUGAAGGCCCACCUGUACCUGUUCGAGUGCUACGAUCGCUUUGGAGAAUCGCUGGCCGACCGAUGCGAUGCUAGUGGCUUCUUCGCUGGCUGCUCCGGCCUGGAGGCUCGGAGGCAGUGCAUCCGUGAGCUGUGCACCGCCAUUGUGAACACAAAGCGUGGGGAAGUGCAUGCGCCACUGCUGUAUCUAAUGCACCGCACAUUCUCCGAGAUCCAGCCCGCCUGGAGUGUGAUCCGUGACCUGGACUGGUCGGAGAUCCGGCAAUCGGAGGCACUCUCCUGCAGCGACUUCAUCAACCCGGAUCUGCAGCAGAUGCGUCGCCUGGUGAGACGGAUUGGUCGCUUGUCCAGCCUGCGGGACAUGGAGACCGCUCUGCGGCGCUCCAUGGAGCUGGUGGGCUUUCAGGUGUGGCUGCACCUGUUCCAGGAGUCGCGGGACAGCGAGAUCCACUCCGAGUGCCACCUGAUACGCCACAUGAUCUGCGAUACUGUGACGGAGGGCGGAUCACCCGCCUGCUCCGGGUUCCUGCACAACAUAUACCUGUUCGUACUGCAGCCCGCCAACAAGCUGAGGUUCUGGGCUGGCCUGGAGCAUGUGCGUCUGGCAAGCAGCCUGAUUGCCUACCUCAUCAGUCAUUGGAGCCGCCACCUGCCCUACUUGGACCUGGACGAUAUGCAAUUGACCGCCGAGGCGCCUGCCAUGACUGGCGCGCAACUUCCUCUCAACGAGGUCACCUAUGUGACCCACCUGAUGCUGGACCCCGAUUGCCCAAGUCGCCGCCAGUUCGCCCAGCAGCUACGCAACCUCCUGUCCGCCCAGUCCUUUGCCCAGCUCCUGGAGCUGCUCAAUAAAGUGGCCUUCGUGUUCAGUUAAAAUCACGCCACUUUAAUCGUUCUUGGGCAGAAACUCGCAGUUGCCAUCGGUCAGGCGGACCACCUUCUCGCCCUUCUCCGCCAGGAUCUCCUCGAUGUUGCGCUUGCCCUCCAGGUCCGUGAACCAGUUGAGAUUGUCGGCGAUUAGGUGGUGGUUGGAGCAGCCCUCGCAGGUCACGAUGACGACGCCGCGCUGGUAGGCCACCUUCGAAAUAGUCUUCAUGUUCCGCGUCUGGCACACCUUGCAGGUGUAGAUCAGCUGCAUCUUGGACUCCAGCUUGGCCAGGGGAACGCUGCUGGUGGCCACCGUCUUGUCCGCAUCUUCCUGGAGGCAGAGAUAAUUGAUCCAAGAGAAAUUUAGGUUACACUUUUGUUGAUAAUCGUUGGUAUUUGUACCGUACUUGUAGAUGACCUCUAUAUUUCUACCUUGAAUAGUGAUGAUAAUGUUAAGUUUAAGGCCUCCAAGUAAUGUAAUAUCAAAAGAAAGAUUAUUCUGUUUAUAUUAUUGAUAAUAACUUGUUCACAAAUAUAUUGUUACCUAAAAAAUCAAAAAAAUAAAUUGUUUUACCAUGUGCAUUAGACAAUAGUUUUAAAA